AUGGCAACAACAACACUGACUACAACUCAGAUAGGUGGCGAGGUUUUCCAAGAUGAAAUACUACUUACUCUAAUUGCUACAAGAAAACAAUUGAUAAAACUCGAAAAGCCAAGGUUUGAUCAUGAAAAGAGAGACCAAGUUUUCCAUGAUCAAAAAUUGUUUGUUAGAGAAGCACAGAGCAAUAAUAUAUAUGUUGCGGAUGAGGCUUUGAAUCAGAUUUAUACAGAGGAGAAGGACUAUAAAAGAUUUCAUAAAUCAAUUGAUUUGCAUGAUAACUUAGAUCAGACUCGUCUUGCAUAUAAGGUUGGGCAGCAUGAGUCUAUUGAAGUGAGACAUGUGUCUACAUGCACUUAUAAAAAGGCAGAAAGGUGUUGGAAAUCGUUGGAUUAUCAAAACAUGACAACCUUUAUAAAGGUGCGAUAG